AUGAUCUGCACACGCUGUCUCCGGCUCUCCUCUUCCUCUAUACGGACCCAAUCCCUCUCCAAAUCCUCAUCCACCUCCCUCCUCCGACAAUUCAGCACCUCCAGCGCCCGCUUCACCACUCCAAGUCCCUCCUCUCCAUCCCCAGCAGCAAGCACACUCCCCAACCUCAGCACACCACUCUCAACAAGCGGGGCAGCGACAUCAACAGGAACAGCACCAAAGAAAGGCCCAACAAUCAUAUCGAGCUGUCCGGCUGGCACCCCGCUAAAGGGAAUAAAUUAUCUGAAAGGAAGAGACGACCCUGUUGCGCUGGCUGAGGAGGAGUAUCCGGAGUGGUUAUGGACGUGUCUUGAUAAGAAGGUCAUUGAGGGGGACGAAGGGGGGGCUGUUGGUGAUGAGUUUUCCAAAUCCGCCAAACUCCGUCGCAAAGCCGCCAAACGGGCCCGCAAACUCGAAGCCAUGCGCCUCGCAGCCGGCGAAGCCGCACCCGAAGCUCGCAUUCCUCUAACACAGCAAUCGAUUGACUUGCCUUCUAAUAGUGAGGGAACAACGAAGGGUGCUCUAGAUGCGGAGGACAAGAGAGAGGAGUUGAGGGGGGCGAUGAGGAGGGAGAGAAGAAAGGGGAUUAAGGAGGCGAAUUAUUUGAGGGGGAUGUAG